AAAUGAAAAGGAAAAAUAGAUAAAAAUACAGAGAAGGAUAUUUCCAUGACGGUAAUUAAAACCAAAAUAACAGAAUGACAAACGACUAAUUUUAAAUACACAGAGAAGGAGAUGGAGCCGGACCAGAAUACCAAAAGCAAAUAAAAGUUGUCACAGUACGCACAGCUCCGACCUGUUUACACAGAUUCCACAAUUCUCUACCAUUUUCCGUACUUUUCGUCACAAACCUGGAAAUCAAGCGGAACGCAAUAGCGAGAUUCCGUGGGCAUCGCACUAUUGGAGAAACGCUCACUCGCUCCGGGUAGCGGUGGUGAGGGAGUGAAAAACGAGAAAUUAGGAUUUCGAGGACAGCAAAGUGCUUGGAACACGAAAAACCAAUUGCACGAGAGCUCGAAGGGUUGGUGGAAAAUGCGAUAGCUUGAUGAGGGUCCGAGAGUGAGAAAUCACAAAACAGAAAUUAAACGCUUUUUAUGCGCAAAGUGGGGGAAUUAGUUUCAGUGAAUUUGGAUUGUGCCAAAAGUUCAGUGGAUUCAUUUACGAGUGUAAUUUCUCCGUGCAACACGAGAUAAAAGUGCUACAAUAACAAACCGUAUUGUGAGAAAGAAAGAUCGCUUCGUGUGUAACGUUCGUAAGCUGACUGUGUGCGCAAUGUAACUAUUCGCCAUGCCCGAUGCAAUCGCGUCCUAUUAAUGAAUGCAGCUCGCAUCUGCGGCACGCGCGUUAAGAUCGUUACGAAAUCUUGCGUCACGUGUGCGAGAAUCGAAAGCCAGGCGGAAGGAAGGAAGGAAGGAAGGAAGGAAGGAAGGAAGGAAGUAAUUUACGUGGUUGGAACGAAAACUAUGCGGCACGAUGAAGGGGCUAAGGAGAAUCGGUGGUGGCCUACCGAGCGGGAAAAAGUUGGAUUACUGCCAGAAGAUGUGUCAAGCUCGAGGAAUAUUGCUGGUGUACUUGACUAUCUGCGCUUCGCUGCCGGAUGCUAUUUUCACCGCGGCAGCACAUGUACGCGAAACAUUCAAGGAAGGUACGCAGCGGCAUGUAAACGAUGCCACUAAUGAUUUGAUGGAAGAUUUGACCGUUUUCGAGCCGACAGCAGCGAACGUCAGUGCAUUUGUAGGACAUACCGCAUAUCUACCAUGCCGCGUGCGAAAUUUGGGCGACAAAGUAGUUUCCUGGAUGAGGAGCAGGGACCUCCAUAUUCUCACUUCGGGAAAUUUCUCGUUCAGCUCGGAUGCGCGAUUCGGAGCCCAGCAUACGCCAGGCAGCGAUGCCUGGACUCUCAGGCUGGAUAACGCCAGAAAGACGGAUUCUGGCAAGUACGAGUGCCAGGUCAAUACGGAACCUAAGAUCAUGUAUGCAGUGCAGCUCUCUGUACGAGAUCCGGAUAAACCGGAGGGAUACGACGAGCCACAUUCUCAGCAGACACGUAUAAGACUUUCAGGUUAUGAGAGUACAGCUCCGGUGGCGGACAUAAUGGGACCCCGGGAGCAAAGGGUGCCGUCGGGCUCAACGAUCACCCUGAGAUGCGUCAUAUUGUCGCCGUAUCAGACCCGUCCCAUCAGGGGUGUACAAUGGCUUCGGGAUAACAAACUCCUAACAUUCCAGGCAGCGCGCGGGGGAAUAAAUGUGGAAACCGAAAGGGGUGCGGCACGUACAGUAUCUGUGUUGACUUUGGCGGCGGUGACACAAAAUGACGUUGGAAACUAUUCGUGCAGGCCAACGGAGGGUCGAUCAGCUACUGUCACCUUAAUCAUUGAGGAAGGAGAACGCACGGAAGCCAUGCAACGUGACGCCGGAUACGUCUCUUCCGGAAAUAACGUCAGGCACUGGCCCGGACUUCUGCUUCCGUUUUCGUGGCUUCUAAUACUCGCGCGCAACAGCCAAACUUUCUUGCUCUAGCACACACUCGACAGUAUUUCACGCUUAUUUCUUGCUGUUUUCAAUGCUAAAAUGUACCUAAAAUGUGAGUCGAUUCAAAUCGUAAGAUAUAUUUGUAGAUUUUUAAAAUAUAUAAAUCGUGUUAUGCCAGACAUGAUAAUGUGCUCCGUGAAAGUAAUUAUUAAUUUAUAAAAUAGAGAUUGGCGCAAAUAGAGAUGGAUGCGAUUUAAAAAUUAUGAUAAAAGUUACUUAUAUAUUCUACAUAAUCGCGGAUAAUUAUAAAGCUUGAUUCUGGAAAUUUCAUAAAAAUGUUACAUAAAUCAUAUCGGAGAGAAUCGUGAUCUCACAUACGAUAACAGCAAAAAUUUAUGAUUAAAUUGAUAAGUUAUAUUAUAAUCAUAAGUUAAUAAUUAAUCGUAGAUUAGCAAUUAAAUAACAUAACUUGUUAGCAUAAUGCGAUCGAAGAAUUGAAGUAGUGUAAAAAAAAAUAAAUAAACGCAUCACAAGUCUUCCUCGUAGAUUGUGUUUUAAGACCUCAACUUCUCUUUGCUUAAUAAAAAUACAAUCAAUUUAUAUCUAUUCUUCGAUUGCAUUUAAAGCGAUGACAAAAAAUUUGUGGGAAUUUAAUAUAAAUGGUGAUGGAAAUAAACAAGAAAAAAUGUCCUUGCACAAAAUUCCUGCUGUACUGUUCCGUAACUUUAGGUUUGUGCGCAAAUAAUUCAUUAAAUGACUUGCGAUAUACUCCAUUUGAUCUCAAUGUUCCGGAACAUUCUUUUCGUCCUCGCAAUUCACGACGUUUCUUUGAGAGCAUGCUUCUUAAAGUCAAUGGGAUUACAGCGACCGCGCAGCGCCAAAGGAUGCGAAGGUAAUUUGAUAUCGUGCUACAUCCUUUCGUUCGAAGGGACACGGAGAAUGUCAUGAAUUUCAUGAAAUUUUAAUGAAUAAACAUGUCAACAAUGUGUGUUACACUCUUA